CACUAACGCAGUUAGCCGCCGCAGAAAGCUUCCGGUGUACCGUGGUGCGCAUGCGCAGUCACGAGUUGGCUUUCAACGCGCAGUCAGUCGCCGAAGCAGCGGUCGCCAUUUCAUUCUCCCGAGGAAAGAGAACACUCGCUGCAGCCGCGCAAGUGUCGUGGCAGCUCCACAAUGGUGAAAAUAUUCAUUGGGAACCUGUCAGCAGAGACUACAUCAGAUGAACUUCGCUCCCUCUUCUCCCAGUAUGGCAAGAUUUCAGAAUGUUCUAUCGUCAAGAACUUUGGCUUCGUCCACAUGGAUAACAAAACGGAGGCAGAAGAGGCUAUCCGCAACCUCCACCAGUAUGAGCUCAAUGGCCAGCCCAUGAAUGUAGAAUUGAGCCGUGGCAAUUUAAAAGGAUCCACCAAACUACACGUCGGCAACAUCGCCUGUACCAACCAGGAGCUGAGGGCUCGGUUCGAAGAGUUUGGUACUGUGUUGGAGUGUGACAUAGUGAAAAACUAUGCUUUUGUUCACAUGGAGCGAAUGGAGGAUGCCAUGGAGGUCAUAAAUCAUUUAGACAACACAGCUUUUAAAGGCAAACUGAUGAGCGUGAAGCUUUCGACUAGCCGCCUGCGUACUGCGCCGGGAAUGGGAGACCGAUCGGGUUGUUAUCGUUGCGGGCAGGAAGGCCACUGGUCCAAAGAAUGUCCUCUAGACCAAAAUGGCUUCCACAGAAACGGCUCAGAGCCAGAGUCUGAUGGAUACGAUGUCUCGAGAUUUGGCGAGCGUGAUUGCAACCGUGGUUAUCAUCCAGACUACACUGGCGAUCCAGAUUAUGGUGGUGGCUACGCUUCUGUACAUAUGUUUCCCCGGGGUUCUGGUCACAGCAGCAUGGCAGGGUACCGAAGGGGUGCGGGCUACGAAGGUGCAAUGAGAUACGGGCCGCACCCAGGUUAUGGCAUGGGCGCUGUGGCUGAUCAUAGCAUGGCUCGGAUGUACGGAAGCGAGGCAGCAUACGGGAACAACGGCUCGCUCUAUGGCGCGGUACCAGCCUACCCGAUGCGACGGUCGCCUUACGAGGAACGGGAUCCGUACGGGGUCGUGGACUACUACGAGAAAUACAGGGCCAAUUCUUUCGGAGGCAGUUAUUUCGAAGAACGCCGCGCUGUCCCCGUGCCUGCUCCAUCAACUUCUUCCGAAGCUAUAAUACGGGAACGUCUUCCCCCCUCUAGCCUAAACCCAUAUGAGUGCCCUCCCCUCCCUCCACCACCAGCCUCCUCAUUCUAUGCACGUGACCGGAGUCCGAUUCGGAGAGUCCCUGCCGAGGCAGACGGAUAUGCAUUUGAUCGCUCGCGCCUUUCCCCGGUACCCGCCGUCCCAAGAACCACUACCUUUGAACAUCCGCGGGAUCCCGGUGCUGAUCGGGCAAGGUAUACAUACUAAUCUGUGUCCUAUACAGAAAGAUAGGAUAGCUCAAGUGUUAUUGGAAUUAACUAAAGAUAAAACGUAACAGUAAUACAUUACAGUAUAUCUCAUUGGCAAUUUCGGGGACGAAAGUUUGAGACUUGUGGGUAGUUAAGAAUAAUGUGACAAUAAAGAUUUCCAAUCAUCCAAUGACUAGAUUUCAGUGGGAAUAGUUGAAUGCAUUCACCUUACGGUGUGGUCUCAUUCCAGCUUAUACUACAAACUUCAGAACUAAUGCUUAGUUCACCACCGUUCCUUUUCCUAUUUAUAUGUUGUGGUAUUGGUGCAGUUCUGAAAUGGCUUACUCCAGUGUGGUUUAUCUACAACCUGGUUGACAUCCAUUUGUGAUAAUGCAAGAACAAAAUUUUUCCCCAUUACUGAAAGUAGCUACAUGUUCAUACAUUAUUUAGGCUCAUUUAAUAGAAACACAUUAAAUUAGUGCAUGGUGCAUGUUUUAAAGGUGAGUCUUAGGGUUACGUUAAUUACAUUUUUAUAAAUUCCUUUCAGCAGCAUCUAAUGUAUUACCGUCUGUUCAAUUGUGUUAAUGUAUGUUUACAUUGUUACUGCAUGUGAAGCAAUGGCCAAACAAAUCGCAAUGCUGUUCGCUUCACCAUCAACAGUUUAACCUGUGGAUUUAAAUGUCACAUCUGUAGGAAUAUAGACCUGCACAGAAUAUAUAUAUUAAAAAAAAGAAAAAAAAGCUAAUGCUUUUGUAUUUGGGUUAACUUUUUUGAAAUUGUAUUGAAGAAUUUUCUUUUUUUUUCAGUAGUCACAUUACUUGUAUUAAAUUCCUUUUCAUUGCUGUUAUAAAUGAGGCUUCACAUUUUAAACAUGUAGUUUCAUAAGAAAAUUGACCUUGAUUGCCUGUGCUGUCUGUCCUGAUUUCUAACUAAUGGGUCAAAAUAAAAAUCUGUUAAAAGAC